AUGUUUUCAACGGCAAAGUCCUCCAGAGUGACGGCUGUCUGUGCUGUGGCAAUAAUCACUAUGAUGAUGAUCACAGAGGCUGCAGCCAUGCCGAAAACAGGAAAGACACACAAAAAGUCGUCUGAUGGUGCGGCACUAGAAACAGUCUCCCUGCAGCUGGACCCCAAAGCUCUGGCUAAUCAGAGACACAUCAGGCUGCUGAACAACGCCUCGAUCUCCCCGUGGACAUACAAUGUCACCAACGACAACACUCUGUUCCCGCCAUUCCUGUCAGAGGCUCGCUGUCUGCUGCGAGGCUGUUUGGACUCAGAGGGCCAGGAGGAUCUGAACCUGGAGUCCAGACCCAUCAUGCACCAGGUGCUGCUGCUGCGACGCAUCUGGACAGCAGGGUCGGCGCACUACCACUAUCGCCUGGAGUCCCGCCUCAUUGCGGUGGGCUGCACCUGCGUCCGGCCUGUGAUCCGAAUCCAGCAAUGA